UGUGGAGGGGAUGGUGACGGGUGGAGGACAUUGCCAAGGACUGGCUUUCCUUCACGACAAGGUACCCAGUUGUCCCACCACAGUCUGUGCUGUGAGUGUGUGUUUGUCUGUGCCACACUAGCCACUGGAGAUUGGUGGGUUUGAGGCUGCAGCUCACCACUCCAAAUCAACCACACUUUAUUGAGACCAUUGCAGCCAUCAGACCACCUGAUACUGUCCCUCCUGAAGACACAAACCCUACUCCAGAGUCAACUCCAACUGUUCCGUGUCACUCUAGAGAUGUGUGGGCCUUGGGUCAGUUCAUGUUGUCAGUGGCAGAGGAGGCUCAACUCAGCAGUGAGUACACUACUGGAACCCCUCUCUAAGGACACCCCUGUAAUAACGACACCUCUCUAUAAGACAUUUUCUUUUCCCAAGAACAACUCUCGUGUGAUAGUUUACACCUGAAAAAUGGACACUUUCUUCUGUCCCGUUGGUGUCUGGAUUAGAGGGGUUCCUCUAAACCAUAGAGACCGAGGCUAUUGGGAAUUUCUCUAUGCAUUCCCAGGUGUAAUAAGUGACUCGACGUACACUUACAUCCAGCAGCAGAUGUUAAAUAUUGAUCCAAUGGCCAGACCAGCAGUAGUAGAACUCAUGGCUCAGCCCUGGAUGAGGUGAGUCAGUUUGGCGUUAGUUUGAGAGUGGAAUAGCAACACUACAAGGACACUGUCUAUGUGUGUGUACCUAUGUAAGGUGUGCAUUAUUUAGAGGUUUCGCUCUAUUCUCUCUGUUCAGAAAUGACGUGUCAGAUAUUGCUGAUUUCCUGAGUCACCUAACGGUCAAGACUCAGUCAGAGAAAGACAAUUUCUUCUCUGAUCUGCCGGCUCGACUCCACCCCCUCCCUCCCCGAGUGGUCGCCGAGCACCUCCUCCCUCUUCUCCUCACCCCUCUCAUCAUGACCGAGACGGUCGCUCGCAGGUGUCUGUGGAAACACCUCCUAACACCCGCCUCUUCACAACACCCUAGACGUAUGACCUUUGACCCCUGUCGGAUCUGCCCCCUUUUUGACGAGGAUUUAUUUACGUACCACGCAGUGCCACUCCUCCUGAACCUUAUGGAGUCACAUGACUAUCAUGUGAGAAUGGUACUGCUGGAGCACCUGGUCCAGUUUACUCCUCUCUGUCCCCGGGAGGAGUUGGUCGGAUCUCUGCUCCCUGAGGUUCUAGUUGGUCUCCAUGACGUCAGUGAUGAGAUGGUCCAGGCCACGCUGCGAGCUCUGGCAGACCUGGUGUCGCUGGUCGGAGGAGAGACUAUCGUGGGAACCACACGCAGCUGCAUCUUUGCCGACUCCACCCCCAGGUCACAGAAGGUUGUGAUGGAGAAGACACAAACACCACCGCCGUCUGGGUCACCGAACUCACUUCCUUCACCCCUCACCUCCUUGCAAACUCUGCCCCUCUCCCCGCUACAAGCUCCACCAAUUUUCUCCUCCAAGGCUCCGCCCACCUCUCAAGACGAGGCUCGGAGGCAGCAGCGAGCAGAGAAGAUGAGAGAGAAGAGAGAGAUGCAGAGGAGGAAGAAAAUGGCUGCCAAACUCGGUUUGGCUAGCAGAGUGGCAGAUGUGGACGGGGUGGAGUCAGACGAAUUGACCGCACCCACUGGCCACGCCCAGUACUCGCCCAGUGUGAGUCAUGACGAAGAAGACAGAGUCAACUCUGAGACUGUGGGAGGUGAGGAGGGAGAGAUGGAGGGAGAGUGGGAUGAGUUUACAGAAGAAGGAGGGGGGGAUGUGGAGUGGGGAGAUGAGGGAGGGUGGGGAGGAGGGAAGGUGGAGACUUGGACUAUAACUGCUGACAGCUCCAGGCUCCACCGGGAGGCAGAGGAUGAGAGAGAGCCCAGCGAGGUGUCUGGUGAGGUGGGGGAAGAACCAGUCCAAGAGAAGAGGAGACAGUCUGGGGGAACUGCUCUGAAGCUGGGCAGGAAACAAACUGGGAAGGAGGAGAAGAGGGAGAAAGGUGAGGGGAGCAGCGGGUCAAAGGUCACACUGAGUGAGGCGGACAGACUGAGACUAGAGGAACAAGCUGCUUGGAGUACGGAGCCUGAUUUCUUUGCCGACAUGGCUCCCUCCGUUGCCAAGAAAACUGGAGUCUCUGCCUCCCUGGGUGGGGUGGAGUCCCCCACUCUGACCACGAAACAAUCAUCUUCACUCCAGUACCAGCCAGCCGAAGAAGAGAAGGAGGGGGGUGGCUGGAGUGCUGGAUGGAACGAUUUCUAGAGCCAGCCACUGCCACAAACACUAUCUCUAGUCCGAAACUUUUAUCUGGCUUUAUUUAUGAAAAAAUCACUUUGAUACCAUUGACAGUUGUUUUUGGCAAAAGAGGGAGUUGGUUGAGUUGAGUCAACACUACUCCUAGCGCGAAACCUGCACAUUUAACAUCAUGACAGAAAUUUUGGGUGUCGGGAAGAGAAUUCAGUUAUAUGUAGACAAAGUUGAAUCGACUGAGGACCUGCGGGAGACUGGCGAUGACGGGGCCGUAGCCAGCCGAGUUGUCAUAGAGUUCAAACAGAGGAGCUGCCACCAGUUUGUAGUUGCGUGGCACAGAGAAGAGGGCCUUCUCUGGGAGCUGUAAGAGGAACAGUCUCUUGUGUUCUUUGGGUCGCGUGCAGUGGGCCGGGAUGUAGGGGUA